UCUUCUUCUCUCUUUUUUCGUUAGGGCGCUCGCAGAGCCCGGCAGAAUCCGAACGCACCGGAGCGCGGCCGACCCGACCAUGUCGGGACCUCCUGGGUGGCUGAAGGGCUGGCUUUGGGUCACCGCCGUGGCUUCGGUCCGCCUCGGCGCGGCGGACGAGAGCGACGGCGACGCCGGGGGUUCGGGUCCGCGCGGCCCGGCCGGGUUCUUUGCGGUCCCGGUGUGGAAAUUCAUGGCAGUGUCCCAAGGCGAAGGUUCUGCGGACCUGGGCCGGCCGCAGUUCCGCUGCGGCGACUCCGGGCUUUGGGCUCGUUUGUCCCUCGUCAGACACUCGGAAGCGCAGCUGGCGGACGGCGUUCUCCUGCCGGCGCUGGCCGACGGCUCGUCCGCUUCCGUUCGGAGGUUUGGUCCGGCGCUGCUGCUCGAGCUGCCUUACGGGGACGCGUACCUGCGGCCGGCGGUGAUCAAUGGAAGACUCUUCCACCGGCUGCAGGUCUUUUAUUUUGACAGUCUGCUGCAAACCAGCACGGUAGCCGUAGCUUCCUGCGAGGAUCCGGCCACCGGCCCGCGUCCGCCGACCGCCUGGAUCCUCUGCGGAGCCGUGCAAAUCCUGGUCCGGCUGCCCGUAGGGUCCAAAGUACUGAAGGUCAAAGACGUGAACGACGGCGCUCAAGACCACUCUGCGGUCGUCAGGGCGGGAGGGGAUUCUGCGUUCGUGGUUUUCUCCAUUGCAGCCAACGCGAAUUCGAUGGUAGAAAUUGAUUUUGAGUCUCUGGGGGAAACAUUCACCAUGCUGGCAGCUUGCAACAACGUGGAUGUGCAAAGUCCACACAAAGUUCAUCCCAGAUCUGCGGUGGACUCUGACAAUCAAAGAACAGAAGAACCAGCAUGUGGAAGCGUCGCAGCGCCAGUGGCUCAAGCUUACGCGUCCAUUUUUGAAAUGUGGGGUUUUCUUGACAUCCCCACAGGUCAAUUUACGGAGGAUAACAGCGAUGACGCAACUGCUACUCAAUUACCUUGUGGUCUUGCACCAACUCUGUCCAGUACAUUUAGUGCCACAACUGUAAGACCGUGUCCCACAACAUUAGCGCCACCUCCAGCCGCCACCUGUGCAAGUCUCACUGACCCUCUUGGGUCAGCUCGUCGGACGACUACAACGCAAUGUUCAGACACGGUGCCAACAACUCUGCCUGCAGCUACUAAACCUGCGAGUCUCACGAGCUCAGCUUUGACUACUACUAAUGCAGUGCACACGUCUUGCGCUUCUCAGACCUCAAGUGCUAGUCCUGCUCAAACCAAAACGACGUCAACUUCUGAAACCACAACGGCUCCAGCCGCUACUGCAAUUUCUAGAACCACCAUGGCACCUUGUGCUCCAAGUGCAACUGCAACGCCUGAAGCCAACUCGUGUGCUGGAUCCGCAAAUCCAAAGACCACAACUUCAGUCCCUCCAACCAAAAGUCCUGGACCCAGAACCAGCUCAUCCCCGUUAAUAUCUAGCUCCACUCCAACCACUUUUCGUGCAUUGAUGACACCACUGUCAACUGCAGUAUCCACAUCCACCCGUCCUGUAUCGGCGAAAUCUCUGAGCUGGACUGCUGCAGUACAGACAACCACCUCAUCGUCCAGCAAGAUCACGAUUCCUGCUCAAACUACAACGAGAUCUCUCACUGUACCAGAAACUACACCUGCAUCUACCACAGAUUCUUCAACCCCAAGUCCUAUACCCACAAGCAGCUCUACCCUGACCUCAGCAUCUACAGGAAGCACAACAGCGGCAGCCGUAACACCCAGCGUCACUUGCCCUUUUACCGCGAUGAUCACUUCUGCUCCCGACACAAGUCCUGUACCCAAAUCCAGCCCAGUGCCUUCAAGAACAACAUUUCCCCAUCCUGAAAUGAUCACAUUCUCUUUGACCAAGAUGCGUAAAGUGCAGACGAGCACUCCUACCUUAACAACUACGAUGCCCGCAAGCGCCUCGUAUCCUGUUGCACCCGCACUGACGAGAGUCUCUCCAAGCACAAGGACCUCUACUCUGGCUACAACUACAGAAACCCAAAUUUGUGCAGUCUCAAAGCUUUCAACAACCGCAAGGCUGGUACCGGCAACCGGCUCGGCCCCUUCAUCCUCAACCUCCACUCGGAACACAAAUCCUCCUCCAGUGGCCACACCGAUCUCUUCUGUAGUAGCCGCGGCCACGCCUGCUGUCACGACUACUGCGGGGCCGACAAUCACCUCUGGUUCUGCGGUGACGACUGCAACUACGAAACCAAAUUCAGACGCGCUACCACAAACUCUGCCUCCAGCUCCGUGGGCUGUUGCUCGUAAUCCUCAAAUGCCUCCAACCUCCGCGACCGUUUUGCCCACAUUUAGUGCUGCUCCUGCUUCUGUGACUACUGCUCCUUUAGUCACAACCCCCUUUACUUUGACCUCAACUAUCACUGAACCCACAACUGCCACGGACUCGACUCCAAAUUCUAGAAAUGCAAUGGCCACUCUUGCUCCCGCUAUUUCAGUCUCACCGACCAGACCUCAUUUACCCACGAGCGCAUCAGACCCUUCACAAGUCACAUCCUCCGCUGCGUGGCCCACAAGCGUUCCUAUCACAGUUCCAAUGCCUGCAAUAGCUCCUGCUCUAUCUGCAGUUCAACUAACCACUACUACAAUCACGAGUCCUGUACCCUCAAUUACUCCAGGAACCAUAACUCCUGUGGAUACUGCACUUGAUUCAACCGCAACAACUAUUGAUGUGCCCGCAAAGCCCACAACCUCAUGUACUACUUUAGCCACAACCGCACAGGCCACUACUAUUUCAGUCCCAUCGACGACAAGCCCUGUACCUGUACUCUCAGCCGCAUCAAGCCCCUCGCUAACCAUAUCAACCUCUGCUCUGACCGCAACCCGUCGUUUCUUGACUUCCCGUCCUUUAUUGCUCAUGCCAACCUCUGUUUUCACCACCAUGACUGCAGUUUCCACGGGUUCUACUUCAACCACAACUGCCUCAUCUCCAACGAUGACCACUUCUUCUAUCUCAACCACAAGCCACGUACUGAAAAGCAACCCAGGUCCUUCAAUAACCAGACCCCCUCCUGAAUUUGUCACAGCAACCUCUCUUUUGACCACAGCUGCAGCAGUGCCCACAACCCAGAAGAAAACUGUAAUUCUGAACAUAAUGUCGAAAACUUCAUCUCCUGGUGUACCCGCGACUUCACCGGCUUUGACGGCAGUCUGUCCAACUGCAGAUGGUAUACCCUCAACCGCCGAGUCACUGACCUCGACCACAACUGAUGCGGCCUCAAUUCCAUUUUCGACAGCUCUGACGUACACGAGCGCCUCGUCUCCAAGCGUAACGACCGCUUUUACUCCCACCAAACGUCUUGUACUCAAAACCGCUUCACCGGUUUCAAUAAGCGCAACAACCUCUCCUAAAUUGGUCAGAAGUCCCUUGGCUUUGACUACGGUGUCUUCAACCGCGACUACUGUGACAUCAUGUCCUGUUGUACCCACGACGACUACUUGCGCCACAACUCGUGCAACCUCAACUACACCUUCCACGAUGUCAAUGAGCAGAACCAGCUCAUCUCCGAUCGCAAUGACUCGUGUUGCUCCCACCACAACCAAGUCUGCUACGUCUUCUGUUAUACCCACAACUGCACAAGCCACUACUUUAGUCUUUCCAACCCUGACUCCUGAGCUCACAACUGAACCGGCCUUCUCGCAAACUACAUCAAUAAUGGCUUCAACUACUUCUCCCGCACUGGCCAGAACAACCUCUCCUUUGACCACGACUGGAUUACUGCCUACAACCGUUCUUUUGCCUACUCUUGCUCCCUCUACAAUGCUGAGAGUCACCUCUGCUGCAGCCUCAUCUUCUGAUGUUUGCACAAGCAUUCCUGCCUCGACAAUCCCUCCAACCACAACACGAGUACCCGCGACCACCGCGACACUGACAUUGACUGCUACUCCACAAAUAAAUGCUGUGGUCUCAACUGCAGCGCCCACAACCACGACUGCUCCACCCAGAGGCCCUCUUUCACAAACCGUCCCAAUGCUAACGAUAAAAUCAGCAACUCCAGAGUGGCUCCUAUUUGCUUUGACCAAGACUACUGCAGUCCCGGUGACCACUGCUACUUUGACCACAACUACGAGACCCGUAACCACCUCGGCUGUGACCUUAGAUUCUGUCGUAUCCGCGACUCCACUCGUCCCUCCAAAAAAAUCUCCAACCGCAACUCCUUUACCCACAACCACCUCUGCUUUGACUUCAACUACCACUGAAGCCAGCAUUUCUGAUGUCAUGACUACAUCUACAACCACGAUGACUGCUAUGGCUUCAACCAGAAAUCCAGGAACCACAUUCACCUCUGCUGCACUGGUCACACAAAUGUCUGCUGCGGUAUACAAACUCAUUUCUAACCCUCCCACAAAGACUAGUGUUGCGCUUGGAAGUCGUGUACGUACAAUGGCUUCAAAUAGAACUUCAACUGCUUCAGCCAGUUCUACAGAUUCUACAAUCCCAGUGAAAACUCUUGCUCCAACCACAACUGUUCUUCCAACGAUUACUUCUGCUGUAGCCACAAUGACACCUGCUUUUGUCACAACUACAUCUUUCACCAUGACUACUACAUUGCCAACUACCACCUCAAGUGCAACCGCAAUGACCACUCUUUCUCCAACAUCAAGCACAUCGCCGACUGCACGCACGUCAACUGCCUCUAUGACCGCCUCUUCAAUCCCAAGUCCUGUGGCCACAACCACUUCUACUCGAACUCCAAGGAAAAUGUCUACAACCAAAAUGACAAGUCUUGGUCCAACUACCAUUAUAAUUCGUACAAGCAGAUCUCGGGCUCCGCCUGGAACUCCGCCUGCCUCUCGGACUGUCUCUUCAAAAACGAGACCUGUGUUUAAAUUGAGCACUAUGCUGAUCUCAACUACCACUGAAACCCCAUCCGCGGCACCCUCAAUGACAUCUUACUCAAGUACAUUGGGCACUCCUGCUCCUGUUGUAAGUACGACGGCCACAAACCGCUCAUCUACCGCAUUGACCACUCCUGUGCCAGCAGGUCCUGUACCCACCGCCAACAUCGGGACUGGGAGCGCAAUUUUUGCGCUCACCAAGACCCUUUCUACUGCUACUACAAUGACAACUCUUGCAACUCCAGUCACAACUCCGAUGCCCGUAAUCAGUCCGUCUGUCACGAUGACCAACUUUGCUCAACACCAGAGCCGUAUACUUUCGAGCCGUUCACAAACUACAGCCGCUCCUUCUACCACUUUUACAAUGCCCACAACUACCUCAACUCUGACAGCUACUGCUGUACCCACAACUUCCCCAGCGAGUACUAUGACCUCCGAGGCCACUAGUCCUGUGCCCACAACCUCCUCUAUGAAUAGAACUGCAACCGUGGCACUUUCUAUACCAACACUAACUCUUGCUCUGAUCUCCACAGCCGCUCAUGCUGUGACCUCCUCUAUGGUUGUACAGGCCACUACUUCAGUGUUUCCAACCGCAAGUCCUGAACCCACAACCAUUUCCACCACCACAACUACUAAGGUUUCUACACUUGUGACAAAGCUUGCUCCAACCCCAACUAGCAUUCCCACAAAUGGCCAAUCUGCCGUGAUGCCAACUUUUCCUCCAAGUCCUGGAUCUAGAAGCACCUCAAACCUUUCACGAUCUUCAACUGCAGCUACCAUUAGCACUCCUUAUCCAUUUACAAUAGCCGCAAUCAAAUCUAUUUUGACAUCUUCUGCUGUACCCACUACUAUUACAUCUUUAGCCACCAGUCUGGUGCCUGCGAUUUCCUCGACUACUGGAACCACAACUUCUCUCGCCACUGUAGCACUUUCAACAGCCACAAGGACAGCUCUCGGUCCUACCACAACUAUGAUUCCCACAAACCCAUCUUCUGCGCCCACAACUCAACCGGCCACUGCUAUUACCUCUUUAGCCACCAGUCUGGUGCCUGCGAUUUCCUCGACUACUGGAACCACAACUUCUCUCGCCACUGUAGCACUUUCAACAGCCACAAUGACAGCUCUCGGUCCUACCACAACUAUGAUUCCCACAAACCCAUCUUCUGCGCCCACAACUCAACCGGCCACUGCUAUUACCUCUUUAGCCACCAGUCUGGUGCCUGCGAUUUCCUCGACUACUGGAACCACAACUUCUCUCGCCACUGUAGCACUUUCAACAGCCACAAUGACAGCUCUCGGUCCUACCACAACUAUGAUUCCCACAAACCCAUCUUCUGCUCCCACAACUCAACCGGCCACUGCUAUUACCUCUUUAGCCACCAGUCUGGUGCCUGCGAUUUCCUCUACUACUGGAACCACAACUUCUCUCGCCACUGUAGCACUUUCAACAGCCACAAUGACAGCUCUCGGUCCUACCACAACUAUGAUUCCCACAAACCCAUCUUCUGCGCCCACAACUCAACGCACUUUCAACAGCCACAAUGACAGCUCUCGGUCCUACCACAACUAUGAUUCCCACAAACCCAUCUUCUGCUCCCACAACUCAACCGGCCACUGCUAUUACCUCUUUAGCCACCAGUCUGGUGCCUGCGAUUUCCUCUACUACUGGAACCACAACUUCUCUCGCCACUGUAGCACUUUCAACAGCCACAAUGACAGCUCUCGGUCCUACCACAACUAUGAUUCCCACAAACCCAUCUUCUGCGCCCACAACUCAACCGGCCACUGCUAUUACCUCUUUAGCCACCAGUCUGGUGCCUGCGAUUUCCUCGACUACUGGAACCACAACUUCUCUCGCCACUGUAGCACUUUCAACAGCCACAAUGACAGCUCUCGGUCCUACCACAACUAUGAUUCCCACAAACCCAUCUUCUGCACCCACAACUCAACCGGCCACUGCUAUUACCUCUUUAGCCACCAGUCUGGUGCCUGCGAUUUCCUCUACUACUGGAACCACAACUUCUCUCGCCACUGUAGCACUUUCAACAGCCACAAUGACAGCUCUCGGUCCUACCACAACUAUGAUUCCCACAAACCCAUCUUCUGCGCCCACAACUCAACCGGCCACUGCUAUUACCUCUUUAGCCACCAGUCUGGUGCCUGCGAUUUCCUCGACUACUGGAACCACAACUUCUCUCGCCACUGUAGCACUUUCAACAGCCACAAUGACAGCUCUCGGUCCUACCAACAACUAUGA